CUUUCGAGGAACCUUAUUCGGGACCUGCAAUUGCGUCUGACGGGAAUCAUGGUUCAGGACCCACGGUCCUUUUUUGGGUCCAACUCCUGUUUCCCGCAGCUCAGAUUCUGCUGCUGCGGCUGCUCGCUAAGAACAGGCGUCCUCAUCAUAGGAUGGUACACUGUGGUAAUAGGUGUGUUUUCGAUGAUGGGAUCCUUGCCGGUUGUAAAAGGCCUUAAUGACAGAUUUCUCACAACUGAGAGCCCAGAGCGAAAGCUGGCGAUAUUCGUAUGGGCGAUGGAUUUCAUCAUCGAUGGAAUUCUGCUCCGAGUUGCGGCCGCAAUCCUACUGUUUGGAGUGUAUAGUAGUAAACCGAGGUGUGUGCUUCUGUACCUUAUUGUGGCCGUCGUCAGCGCCGCGAAGCUAGGAAUUGAAAUCCCACUGGUUGCCCUCACGAACAUUGGCAAAGUGAAGGUUCAAUUUUCGUUUCUUGACGUCUUCGUGCCGUUGCUUCAACAUCCAAUCGCAUUAUUCUUUACUUUCAUGUUGACUCUUUAUUUUAUCAUGGUGACCAACAGUUACUACACAGAAAUGGAGUCUGCCCCUCCAAGAAAUAAAUGUGGAACAGGAGAUUCAGAAGACAGGACGCGUAACGCUUGAAAAAAGAUUCUUCAAAGCACGAAGAAUUCGAUCACUCCAUCCGUUCAUCUAAAUGGAUUGCUCAGACCCCUCAUCCCUCUUACGUAAUUGUGAUUAUGAUUUUAAGGAGAAGCUUUUUCUGCGAUCGACAGUUUUGAAUCAUUGUGAAAUUUAAUCCUUGUUUUUGCAUUCAAUAGUUACACUCUCUGGGGAACUGAAGGGUGCUCAUUGUGCUAAGGUUUCUUUCUACUUGCUAGUUGCUAAAUGGACGUAAUUCUGUCAAACGGAACUAACCGCCAUGGAAAAGCAUUGCGAGUAUAGGACGGAAUAGGCUUGACGAGGUCGCUACCGCCCCUAGUAAUACUCGCAAUGCUUUUCCAUGGCGCUUAGUUCCGUUUGACAGAACGCGCUGUCAGGGAUUCUAUAAAAUCCUCAAAAGGAACUCUAUUUAGCGCUUAGUUCCGAUUGACAGAAAUACGUCCAAAUGCAAUUAAGUUGUUGGUUAAACGCAAUCAAUUCGUCCGCUGUAGAGAAAUGUUCCUUAAUUCGUCUAAAUUUAGAUAUCAAUGUCCGAAAUGUAAGACCCGUAUCUCCAUUCUGCCGUGCUAAGGAAAAACGCCGUAUGAACAUUCAAUAGUUGCCAAAUUUCCUCCAAUAAAACAUUAAUUGGCGCGGAUAGUUAUGAGUACUUCACUCGGAAAUGUUCAGAUAUUUAAGAUCAGAUUGCCAACAAAAUUAUCCUAAAAAAUCGGAGAAAAACAUUGAUGAGUUUCCCAGAAAAUUCCGGUUUUAUUAGAGGAAAUUUGGCGGUUCAAACGGCAUGAUUCCUCAGCAGGGCAGCAUUGGGGUGUUUUGAAAUCUCAGCUCCUGUUGUAUAUUUAUAAAGAGGAACAAGCCAUUAAUAUAGCUUGAAAUUUAUAUAGAGUAUUCCGAUAAAAGAGAAAAAAAUCAAGGAAGUUUUCGAGUAACACCAUCGACCAGUUUUCUAAGGAAAAAGUAAAGUAUGACAGGUCUGUAACGUCGCAA